AUGGCGAAUGUACUGCAAGACUUCUGGUUCGCAGAUAUGAGAAGUUAUGUGAAGCAACACAUAUGGUCAUGUUUUGAGUGUUUGUUGACCCGUGUACCCAGAGGUAAACGUCCUGGUUUGUUGCAUCCAAUACCUAUUGGGACAAGACCUUUUGGAACGGUUCAUGUAGACCAUGUUGGACCCUUCAUAACGGCUCCAGGAGGACUACGGUACAUCUUAGUUAUAGUAGAUAACUUAACUAAAUAUGUAACGUUAUAUGCUGUGUCGAAUACCGGAUCAGAGCCACUGAUAAAAUGUAUGCAGCUGUUUGUGAAACAAUAUGGGUUACCCGGACGGCUGAUCACCGACCGUGGGACGUGCUAUACCUCAGGUGCAUUCGAGGACUUUUGUGCUGCCCAAGGAAUUAAGUUAGUGUGGACGUCAUCGAGACAUCCUCAAGCCAAUGGUCAGGUGGAACGAACGCACAGUGUAGUAAUGGCCACAAUAAUGACUAUGGGAGGAGCUGGCUGUGAGUGGGCCAAGAUGUUACCUGAAGUCCAACGUCUAUUCAACAACAGUGAGACCAAGGUGACGGGUAGAACUCCCUUUGAGAUGCUUCACGGGUACCGUCCCAGGCUUGAGCAAGGCGCUCUGCUUGCCUUGUCGGCUACAAGAGAUGACUGGACUAGUGGACUCCGCCCGAGGAACUCCAAACUCUUAUUCGAGGAAAUAUGGAGAUGGAAAACACCAGAAGGAAGACGGUUUACGACAAGCACCGCUAUGAUAAGAUUCACUACUCUGUGGGGGAGAUAG